AUCAAGCCCAACUGUACGCAGUUUGACAGCGUAGCGAGCAGACUAACGUUGCCGUGUCUAUUUGGUCGUACAAAUGUUGCGAAUUCGCUCCGAUAACGACAACCCUCAUCCCCUAAGAGUCAGAGAAGAUGCAGAAGUUCACAAUGAGGAGGACUCUGAUGAAGGCAAUGAGUUGCAAGACUAUGCCUAUGAAGAGGAUGAAGAGCAGGACAUGCCUCAGCCAGACGAGGACAUCAUGGACAUAGAUAUUGAGGAAGCUCCUGAGCCAGAAGGCAUUGAUGAUGCUGAAAAUGAAAUGGUGGAUCUAUAUCCAUUCAAUUCCUUCACUGAGGCAUCCCUGAGCCUGUUCUUUGAAACCUCUGGCAUUUCAGAGAGCAAUUUUUCUAGCUUACUAGAAAUCCUGUCACACGACAGUUUCAAGAAGGAGGACGUACCACCAAAUGUCAGUGUUUUCAAGAAGAUAAGGAAAAACCUACCAAAGGUGCCUAUUAGUGUACAUGGUGAUGAUUCCCAUUUCUACCACUUUAAUAUGGAGAAGACAGUGGACAACAUCUUAAAAAACAAUAUGCACAUGGCCAAAAUGACAUUUGUGCCAGUGACCGACUGCCACAGGGACGCCUUCAAUUCAAGGCUCUUUCAUCAGAGCAAGCUCUUUUGCAUACAGUCUGUCAAGACAAAUGUGGGCAAGGUAACUGCACUUGACAUCAUCAGGAUUAACACGGACCGGAGAGCACAACUUGCAAGAGUGGAGUCAAUUGCUUUUGAUAGCUCUAAAGAAACCUGGUCCUUAGGUGCAGGCUGCUGUUCCGUGGCCUGGAGAUGAGAAAUCACCAGCAGUAUCACCAUAUAACACCAGUCAGAGAACAAAUUUUCAUCUCUGACGCCAUUGAGUCCAUUACACUAGAUGAUGUGGUGAGAAAAAUGCCACAGAUCCAACAGUACACUGGCCACUACUUGUACAGCAGCCACUCUGCCACAGCUUUUGCAGAGCCAAGCGGCAGGUUCAUCAGAGAUGCAUCAACUCUCCCUGCUCAUUGCAGUGAGGGACAGCAACAAAGAGACCGUCCCACAGGAGUACCAGUGCUCCCGCUGUACAUCCAUUUAUAUUUUGAUGGGUUUGGGCUGUACAGGCGGAAGUACCAUUCCACUAAUGGGAUGUACUUUUCCCUUGGUAAUUUGCCUCGUUCUGAGGGGGCAAAAAGGGAACACAUGGGCAUCAUAGGCCUCGGAGAACCAGGAACAUCAUUUCAGCAGUGUAUGGAUGCCAUUUCACCAUACAUAGAGAAACUGCAGGAAGGUUAUUAUGCUGACUGCC